AUGGAACCCUCCUUCGAACUAAAGAGGAAACAUUCCUACCCCAAAUUAGGUCACCCCGAUACCCUCUACUCAAUAGAUAUAACCAAAGCAAUAUCUGCAUCCUCUGGUCGAUCGAUCAACCUCCUGCGUGUCGAAAACCAUCGCGAUGAUGAAGCGUGUCCACCUUGUGACUGUAAAGACGGAAUAGGCAUCGAAAGGGUAGUUUGGAUGGACGACAACAUUGCUCGAAGGUUUUGGAACUGCAAAAACGCCUUGGUGAGUAUUCCUUCUAUAUACUUACACCCUAUUAGGUAUCUUGAGCUGAAAAUGUACACCUUUUCCUUAAUCGUAACCCUAAUUGUCGUCUUCCCUUUUAAUCAGUUAGUUGAAGGUCCAAAAUGUAAGUUUUUUCUGUGGAAAGACGAUGCAAUGGAGGAGGGGUACUACAAAAAGAAGCUUCGUAAGUUGAGGUUUGAGGUGCGCGAAAAGGAAGACUUCUGUGAUGUUUCGAAGGCUCAAAAGAAGGUGACACAGCUGCAGUAA